AAAUCAAAACAAAAGCCAAUCGUGACAUUACAAAAAGUUGAAAAUUUAAUCAAAUUUACUAGUUGUGUGUGGCACAGCAAACUAAGUCGCAAUGUUCCACUUCAGUGGCUUCAACAUGAUGUUUCCAGACGGCGGACGUAACUUUCAGGCCGCCUACAAAUGUUUCUCAGUUUCUAUGCUACCGGGCAACGAGCGCUCCGAUGUGGAGAAGGGCGGAAAAAUUAUCAUGCCGCCAUCCGCGCUGGACUCGCUGACUCGUCUUAACGUCGAGUAUCCGAUGUUGUUCAAGCUGACCAACAAGAAGAAGACACGCACCUCGCACGCUGGCGUCUUGGAGUUUGUAGCGGAUGAGGGUAAAUGCUAUUUGCCGUACUGGAUGAUGGACAAUCUGCUGCUGGAGGAGGGCGACAUACUAAACAUUGAAAGCGUCUCGCUGCCAGUGGCCACGUUCUCCAAGUUCCAGCCGCAUAGCACCGAUUUUCUGGACAUCACAAAUCCCAAGGCUGUGCUGGAGAAUGCGCUGCGUAAUUUUGCCUGUCUGACCAAGGGCGACGUCAUUGCUAUCAAGUACAACAAGAAAGUGUACGAGCUGUGUGUGCUUGAGACACGUCCCGGCAAUGCGGUGACCAUCAUUGAGUGCGACAUGAACGUGGAGUUUGAGGCGCCUGUGGGCUACAAGGAGCACAGUGAUCAACAGCCGGCCAAGCAGCAAGGUGGCCAAGCAGCUGGUAGCAAUGAGCCUGCCGAUAAUGGCACUGUUCUCGAGGAAGUGGUUGAGACCUUCAAGGGAUCCGGAGUUCGUCUCGAUGGCAAGCAGAAGAAGGAAAGUCAAAUGGAGACGCCGGUGCUGAAGAAGGUGUUGCCACGCGGUGUGCCCGACUAUGAUUUCCAAUUUGGUCUGCUGCGUUUCGAUCGGAGCAUUAAACCCAUUUGCGAUCGAACCCAGGAUGAUGGCGAAACAACUGGCGAGGCUGGUUCCGAUGCCGAUAGCUUCCAUGGCACUGGAUUCUCCAUGAAGAAAACACGCAAAUAGAAUGUAAAUCCCUAGUUGUUUAAUGUUGCACACAGCUCAUAGGAAAUAGAAGAAAUAAUCGGAAACAAA